UUCGGCCUUCUUCUUCUUCUUGGAGUCAAGAGAUUCUGGGCCUAUGAAAGACAGUGCCGCUAUAUCUGCAGGAAGACCAAUUCAGUGGUGGUGUGUGUUGGGUAUCGUUUGGCUCCUGAGCACCCAUAUCCAGCCCAGUUUGAGGACUGUCUCACUGCUGCCGUCCACUUUCUAAGGACUGCACAAGACCAUGGAGUCGACCCUUCCCGCGUUGUCGUUUGUGGAGACAGCAGUGGAGGGACACUCACUGCUGCUGUUGCCCAGGCACUGGUGAACAGAAGAGAUCUCCCAAAGCUGAGAGCACAGAUCCUAAUUUAUCCUUUUCUGCAGUGUGUGGACUUAAAUUUGCCUUCUUAUCAGCAGAAUGGGGGAGUACCCAUUUUGCUAAAGGAACGAACCCUUGUUCUUGGCUUGAAGUAUGUUAAUGUGGACUUGGGCAUCAUCAAAGACAUAUUUAAAGGCUGCCAUGUUUCAGAAGAUCGGAGACUGAAAUAUCAGAAAUGGGUGAGUCCCGAUUACAUCCCUCAAGAGUUUAAAACAAGAGGUUACAAACCAAAUCCAACAUAUCUACCCUCAAAAGAAAUCUGUGAAGUAGCUGAGUCCGUGUUUGACCCUGUUUUUUCACCACUGUUGGCUGAAGACAGUGUUAUUGCUCAGCUUCCUGAGACUUUCAUUUUGACCUGUGAAUUUGAUGUGCUUAGAGACGAUGGACUGCUGUACAAGAAACGAUUAGAGGACCAUGGUAUAAAAGUGACGUGGUGCCAUCUGCAAGAGGGAUUCCAUGGAACAGUGUUCUUAGCGCUUUUUGGGAAGAGGGGGAUGGAUGCCUCCUGAUCAAACCCAGGUGUGGCAGUGUUUCUUAUCUCUGUCACCACCCCUCCAUCCUCCAGGGGACAUCUUCUGAUAAUGGGCCAUUAGGGUCCACCAAUGACAUGACACAUUCCAUCAUCCCAUUGGGAGAUGCUCCACACAGUGGGGGAGGAGCCAGCUGUUCCUAGCUAGACAAAAACUGGGACUGAAGGACACAAGGGAUCUGGUUUUUCCACUGGAUUCCCGGAGGAAGACUGGACCCAUCUCAUCACCACUGGAUUUUCUACAGGACCAUCUCUACUCUACAGAACCACAUCUGUUACUCCAGGAGGAUUUAUCUGGACUGCUUCCAACACCCUGAUCACCAGGGUGCCAGGUCAUAUCCCUGACUGUGUCAGGGUUUUUCCAGGAUUUUUGUUUGCUUCCUUGCUUGUUUGUUUGUACUACUACAUUUCUAUUUUCUUUUUUAAAUAUUCCUAGUAAAGAACUGUUACUCCUAUUCCCAUAUCUUUGCCUGAAAGCCCCUAAUUGCAAAAUUACAAUUAAUUUGGAGGGAAGGGGGUUUACAUUUUCCAUUCCAAGGGAGGCUCUAGUUUUCCCUGGCAGACACCUGUGUUUCAAAACCAAGACAAGAGUGUGGUCAAAGAUUUAGGAAAGCCUGUAUAUGGUGAGUGCUGAAUUUGAGACAGGCUUAAAGAAGACUGAAUGUAGCAGGAAAAAUGUGAACAUAAAUAAAAGAAGGGGAAGAGAAGGAGAAGAGAGGGAAAGGGCAGGCCUGGAACUACAGAUGUUAUAACAACUAUUGUUUAAGGACAAUAUCUAUUAAACAAUAUCUAUUAAAAAACCCAUGCAUAUACAUUUUAUAUACAGAUAAUAGAUACAUGGGAAUAUAAAGUAAUAUCAGUUCCUUUACAAAGUGUAGGCCUGCACUGGCUGAUGCAGGAAGGACUCUUCCUUUGAGGGACAGUGUCAAGUGCCUUUGGAAAGGAGAAUGACUGAGAAAAUAAAAUUAAAAAAAAAAAAAAAAAAUCAAAGUUCAGGUCAAUCUAAAAUUGUUUACAAUAAGAGAUGAAUGAUCAAAGAAACCAAUACAAACCAAAAUGGCAUAACAAAAGUGUAAAGCUUUUUUCUCAGAAAUGAACUCAAGUAUUUUCCAGAAAUGUCAGUAAACGUUUUAAUUACGCCAUUCUGAGGUGAAUGUGUAACUGUAGAACAGUGUAAUU